GACGCAUGAGCUGUCGGUCGGUCUCCAGCAACAUUCAGUGCGGCUCCACGAGGCGGAGACGACCUACAUCUCGUGCCGGGAUGCUUCCGAUAGAAACAACGAUGACUUUGGAUCAUGAAGACAGACAUCUCUACUCUAUCUACACACCCCAUGCCCCUGCGUGUCCAGAGCCAUAUGGCCACAGUCCUGAACUCUAUGGUGUGAACUAACACCUCCCCCCUCAACCCCCACCACCCUUCACCAUUCACAGACUUCAACGGAUUUUAGGUGCGGGGAGAUGAUGGACAGUUCCGCCAGCCUAUCAGGGGAGACUCUGUUCCUGCGUCAGGCCGCUCUGGUGCUGGAGCGCCAGACUCCCGCGUGGAAGCUGUGCAGUGCCGUGCAGCGACCCGCUCGACCGUGCUCCCUCAACCUCACAUACACCAUCUCCCUCCCUGUGCCACCACAGCAGCAGCAGCAGCAGCAGCAGCAACAGCAGCAACAGCAGCAGCAGCAGGAUCCAUUCAGGGAGGCUCUGAGCAGUUUAGCGGAGUCUAAGAAGGAGGGUGGAGGAGAAGACGCAGAGGAGGAGAGGGAGGAGGCGCACCUGCUGUUGGAGCGAAUGCGGGCCUGCUCCUCACCAGCUCCCGAUCUGAGUGGCGGGAGUUCCCUGACGGGCUUCGACGCGAGCAAGGAGAAGGUCGUCAUCGGGGACAGAGGCACGCCACGAUGGAUCAACCCCUUCAUCCCCGAGGAGGAGAGGAAGGAGGAGGAGGACGAGGAGGAGGAGGAUGAUCUGGAGGGGGAUAACUUGCACAAGUACCAAGAGGACUUCUCCUUCCAACUGCACGGAGACACCAGGGCCGUGGAGGAGGUUGAGCCAGCGUGUCCGGUGGAACCUGUCCAACACCAUGGUUCUGAAAGCGCGGAUACGCGCAGAACCAUGUGGAGCCAGGAGAGAGGUGUGUCGAAAGAGCUGGAGAACCUCAGCCAGCCGACUCGAGUUCCGUCCACGGUGUGACUCGAGAGGCACCCCGAUGCUCAUCGACUGUGGCGAGCUGGAGUGGGGAGGGUCGGGGAACAGCAACGGUGGAGUCUCCAAAGAGAAGCCCUCCCAAGCGUCUGGCCACGUGUGCCCUUGUGCUCUGGGCAAGCCGCGCAAA